AUGGCGAUGGCGGCGCAACUCAAGACGGCCGCAGGCCUGUCCUUGCUACCAAAGCUCUCCUCCCCGGCCUUGUUCUCAAGUUCGAGAUUCGCCUCGCUGUACAUGCGCCAGCUCUCCAUUCCUCUACUCCCCGCCUUGGCCGUCACAGUGCCAAGCUCAAUACACCUCAACAUCCCAACUCUACCAGGGCUCCUCGAAGGCAUCUGGGAGUCAGUACUGCGGGCUGUGCCCAAGAAGAAGACGUCACACAUGAAGAAGCGACACAGGCAGAUGGCCGGCAAGGCGCUCAAGGACGUCAACUCCUUGUGCAAGUGCCCCGCUUGCGGACGGGUGAAGAGGAUGCAUCAUCUGUGUCCUUAUUGUACCAAAGAAAUCCGGCAAAUGAUGAACACGGAUGCAAAGGAGCAACGAGCUACGACGGCAGCGUAA